AAUCGCAUCAUCAGUCACCCACCAGACCAUCAUCAUUAGUCAGUACUCUACUCUCGCAUACGCAGCAAAUCUGCUGACAGUGGCGGAGGCGAUCGCGUCACCUAGAUGGAAUUUAUGUGAAAAAAUAUCAACUAAACUCAUAAGACAGUACAAGUGAAAAUAAGUGAACUCCACCCAGAUUGAAAGGCGCGAAAUGGGGUGCUUCGAGAGUAAAUCCUCCGAGCAGCAUCAACCGACAGCCGUUCGCGGAUGCACGGACAUUUUCUGGCUCGUUGUCUACGUUCUGUUUUGGAUCGCAUUGCUUGUCAUCGCCGUUUUUUCGUUCGUAUACGGCAAUCCACUGCGUGUCAUAAAUGGGUAUGACUCCUUUGGGAACACAUGCGGCGUCUCCAGCAACGAAAAAUUUUCCCAUUUCCCCCUGUCCGGGAUGAACACCAAGGACAAGCCGUACGUGUUCUUCCUCGACAUCAAAGAACUACGGCAGACCCUGAAGAUCUGCGUGAAGGAAUGUCCGCAAAAGGAAAUAGGCAGUGCAAUGGAACUGUAUCGUUACUACGAGGAACGUGACACGAAGUACUGUCGAUACGACUUCAAUAUGAGCUUGCUGACAGCCCCGGAUGCCAAUGGGCCGAAAUACUUUGCUUUUGCUGGACCGUGUCCGAAGUUUCCAGUUUACGAGUCCAGUUCCGUGCUGCACCGGUGCAUCCCAUCAGGAAAGAAUGCUCCAACCAAGGUGGUGAAAGACAUGUAUGCGCUGGUAAACUCAUUCGGGGCAGCUCAACAGGUGUUCAGUGACAUAUACAAAACGUGGCCAACGGUGCUGCUGCUUGUCGGAUUGAGUUUGAUUUUCUCAAUCAUAAUGAUACUGAUGCUUCACUGGCUAACCGCCAUUAUUUCGUGGUUGAUUUGUAUUUUCGUCGCUGUUGCUAGCAUCGGAAUCACCGCAGUCUUGUGGUGGUCUUAUUAUAAACAAAAGCAUUCCAUUGAUACCGAUACAAAGCUGUCAUAUCUGGAAGAGUUGGUGCGAAAUGAGACCACUAUCUAUGUUUUGGCUAUUUUGGCCACAUUCAUCAUGAUCAUUCUGCUGGUAAUCAUCUACUAUUUACGUGAAAAGUUGACCGGACUGGCGGCUCUGUUCGAGGAGGCCGGUAAAUGUAUGGUGGCGAUACCCGGAUUAGCUGGGCCUCCAGUUCUUGCGUUCAUUUCCUUAGCCAUUUUUCUAUCGUUUUGGAUGGUGGUCAUAGUGUGUUUAGCCACUGCCAACUACCCGAAUGUUAAACCACUUCUGCCAUUCACCCAACUCAAGGAGAAUCCCAACAAGACUGAAGCAGCCAUUAGACCUGAUAUGUCCGUAAACAACAACACAUAUAAAUCGUUCGAUUUAGUCGAAUACCCCGAAGCCAACUUCCUGCGCCACAUGCUCUGGAUUUACAUCAUCGGGCUGGUUUGGACGAGCGAGUUUAUCUUCGCCUGUCAACAGUUGGUCAUAUCCGGUGCCGUCGCCUAUUGGUAUUUUGAGAAGCCGACCGACACACCGGUGCUCCAAGCUAUCGCCAAGCUGGUGAAGUACCAUCUCGGAUCUGUGGCAAAAGGUUCGUUCAUCAUCACACUGUUCAAGAUACCGCGACUGAUUCUCACCUAUCUGUACGCCAAAUUGAAACGCCACCAACAUGAAGGUUCGGAGUGCGCCAGUUGCUGCCUAAAGUGUUGCAUUUGUAGCUUUUGGUUGUUGGAGAAAUUCAUUCGCUACCUAAACCACAAUGCGUACACGGUCAUUGCAAUCGAGAGCGUCAAUUUUUGUCCAGCAGCUAAAAUUGCUUGGAACGCAUUGGUUGUCAACGCCCUCCAAGUGGCAACCAUCAACGGGAUCGGCGAUUUGGUGUUGUUCUUGGGAAAACUGGCCGUGGCCGCGCUUUGUGGUUUGAUUGGGAUCCUCAUGUUACGCGAUAAUCCUGAUGUUCACUUCUAUAUGGCGCCAGUCAUCAUUGUAACGCUCUUCGCAUUCUUCGUGGCUCACAUCGUACUCUCGCUGUACGAAAUGGUGGUGGAUACCCUUUUCCUUUGCGUAUGCGAAGAUAAAACUAUCAAUGGAAACUCUGGCCGUUGGAAGAAGAGCAACCUAGCUCACCUGUUGGGUGAAGACCCGAUAGAGUCGGAUGCGGUGGAAGCGCCGAUGCAGGCGAUCGAACGAGUCCCUAUUACUAAACAGCCGUUCUCCGUACAAAGCUUACAAAUGACAGAAAUUGACGAUAAGGCUGCAGCUUAGAUUACCUCAUUAGUCGCACGUUUGGCAUUAUUGUGAAUUUCUCCUCCAGAUUAAGAAGAAUGUUUGACUAAAUGUGCUUUAAAUUUAAUCUCAUAGCCACUUAACAGUUGCUAAAAUCUUAAAAGAAAAAAUAUGUCAUUUUUGACAACCGAAAAUGUAUUGUUCUUUAGAACACAAUCCAUCCAAAUCAUUGUUAAAUUAAUGCUCGCACACUAAAAAUUACAUUACAUGUUCAAAGAAAGGCUCAAACAUAUUUGUUUGCAUCUGAAAAUGAUCGUAUUCAUAUUUAUAUGAUAUUUAUAAUAUACACUUGGUGAAUCAACUUAUUCAUCAAUGUCCCGUUUUGAUAAGCCAAUUAUAAACAUAUACAAAAACUGAUUAACUGCAACAGAUCACAUUAAGCUAUUUUCUCAUAGGUUGCCUUCCAUUCUCACUUAUUGAAAAGUAGACCCAGUUUUGAUAAUUCAUUGUUAGAAGAGUUUAUUUUUACAGAUUCUAUUCUGCCAUGUAUUGGAUGUUAUACAAGGUCGGCUCAUAUUGUAAGAUCAUAGUUUAUCAGAUGAAUUACUAAGUUUUAAUAUUUACUUAUUAUACACUUGAAUUAAUGUAAGCAUCGAAAUUUAAUAAAAUUGUAACGUCAAACUGUUAAAUUAAUACAAAUAUCAAGCUGGUCGCCAUA